UCUCUGUCACUUCACAUCUGCACACAGAUGUAGGUGGGGCGAGGGGGCGAAGGGACGACUCUGUCAAGAAGUUUUCGGAGUCCGCACUGCUGGAUAUUGUUCUUACUAAUAAAACACAAAUAAACGGGCUGAAGAGGAGCGGGAGGAGCGGACGGCGAAGAGCGAGGCGGAUUCAGCCAUGGACGGUGUGUACCGAUGGGGGAUGACCCCUCAUAACUCAGUCCAAACAACAAACCCUCACAUCGAGAUCAUUGAGCAGCCGAAGCAGAGGGGGAUGAGGUUUCGGUACAAGUGUGAGGGCCGUUCAGCCGGCAGCAUUCCUGGAGAGAAAAGCAACGACACGACGAAGACCUACCCCGCCAUCAAGGUGCACAACUACAGCGGUCCCCUACGGGUUCGCAUCUCUCUGGUGACAAAGAAUCCCCCGUACAAACCCCAUCCUCACGAACUGGUGGGGAAAGACUGUAAACAUGGCUACUACGAGGCCGACCUGCAGGAGCGACGGAUACACAGUUUUCAGAACCUGGGUAUACAGUGUGUGAAGAAGAAGGACGUGAACGAGGCCAUCACCUGUAGGCUGCAGACAAACAACAACCCCUUCAACAUUCCCGAGCCCAAGGUGUGGGAGGAGGAGUUUGACCUGAAUUCUGUUCGGCUUUGCUUCCAGGCCUCCAUCACCGGGCCUACUGGAGAGCUGUUUCCCCUGGAGCCUGUUGUAUCACAGCCCAUCUUUGACAACAGAGCCCCAAACACAGCUGAGUUAAAGAUCUGCAGAGUCAACCGCAACUCGGGGAGCUGCAAAGGAGGGGAUGAAAUCUUCCUGCUGUGUGACAAAGUGCAAAAAGAAGACAUCGAGGUGCGCUUCUUCCAGGAUUCGUGGGAGGGCAAGGGCACGUUCUCCCAGGCUGACGUUCACAGGCAGGUGGCAAUUGUGUUUCGGACGCCGCCGUACCGCGACACUAACCUUGGUGAGCCUAUUAAGGUCAAGAUGCAGCUCCGGCGGCCAUCUGACCGAGAGGUCAGCGAGCCGAUGGACUUCCAGUACCUACCGUCUGACCCUGACGAAUACCGGCUGAGCGAGAAGAGGAAGCGAACAGGAGACAUGUUCCAGAACCUCAAACUGGGUCCCAUGUUAUCUAGUGUGUCCAUUUCACAAGAGAGGCGACCGAUGAACUCUGCACGAAGAGUCACACCUAAACCCAUCUCAAUGAGCGCCCAGGCCGUUACUGAAGCGCCCCCUGGUGCCAGUGGGAUGAAACCGCAGUCCACCUACUCGUGCAUUCAGCCAGCACAGUUCGCUUCGGUCCAACCCAAAGUCACUACAGCAGCUGCGACUGAGCCCUGGAAGAUCAUGGAGAGUCUAAAGAUGGGCCCUCAGCCCAAAAACAACCCACUUCCCUUUAUAAUGAGCUCAGCAGCACCCCCUGCCUCCAUGGCCCCCACCACCAGCGCCACCGCAGCCAGCCAGGACUACCAAACAGUCAACCUGUCAGACCUUCAUGAGUUCUUCCCUAACAUGUCCUCAGCCAUCUCCCAGGAGCCAGCAGCUGCUCAGGGAAACACGGAGCCCACCCAGCCCGGCACCAUCUUCUCCAACCCGGACUCUCAGUUCCAAGUGGAAACAACACUCGUGGAUGAGGACUUCCCCAGCUUUUCCGAUGCCCAGGUUCCCAGCACCCUGGACAGUCUAAACAUGGAGGACCUUGUGGACCUAUUGAACCCCCGACUUGAUGUUGGAAACAGCGCCUCCAUGUUUGUGGCCGUUCCCAACUCUGCUGCUGGCCCCCAUAACGGCUCAGUGUCCCAGAACCCCUCUGAACCAGUCAGUAAUCCAGGAAGCACCUACAUGAAUUACCCCAACAGCAUCGCUAACCUGCUGCGGAGCGAGACCAUGAUGGUAGCUGGUCCUGGCAGCAGCAGCAACCACCAGCCCACGGUGCUGGACGAUCUGGAGGAGCUGAUGUCUGCCGAUGAAGAGCGUCUCAUUUCGAUUUUAACAGCGGAAGCCAUGCUGGGUUUGUGUCGGGACACCCAACCUAGGAGUAGUCCCCCCAAAGACCUCUUCUGUCCGCCCUCCUGAGGACAGAAAGUCCACUAACAUGGACAAAGGUGGAGGGUGGACGUGACUUUCCACUGUGGAUGUACUUACUGAAAAACUAUCACAGCAACUACAGGACUGGCCAAGUUCAGCCAAUCACACCAGUGUAGCCAGUGUGAGGAGCUUUAAGGGUCACGUGGAAGGUUUUGAUGAAGGUGUCGAUGUAUCGAUGGAGCCUGUUGAGCGUCUUUCUGAACCACUUUUGGUUGCUUUGUUCGUAGAAGUGUUUAAAAUCAGCCAUUUUUACUCCAAAGCAAAAGGCCCGGUACUUCUUAGAGGUGAGCCUACACAAGUACACGGUUUCUGUCAGGUGGUGGUAAUGUUCACUGAAGGUCAGCAGUUGCGGUGUGAGCCCAUCAAACCAAAUGAAGGUUUAAAUGUAAAUACAAUUCAACCAGAAGCUCAGAAGCUUACAACUCUUCCACAGGAUGGUUUUUGUACUUUAUAAAGACGACAGUUCACCACUUACACACGUUUUACGUCAGCUUUGUAGUAAGUUGUUAAAGGGAUUUUUCAGCCGUUUGGAUGUUUCUGUAACAGAGUCGACGCGGACUUCAUAUCUCACAGGGUCAGAAAUACAUUUUCUAGAAGCGCUCAUAAUUGCUGUAAACUCUUCAUUAUUCUGCCAUUAAACCACAUUUUUAACUUAAUUAUUUUCAGUACGAGGUUCAAGACAACCAUGUCCUGAACCUGGCUCAGAUGGAAAGACGUGCAAACGGGCGUGUAUUUCCACCGUUGAGAAGUUGUGUGAACGUUACUGAAGACCACUGCUGCUGCCUUAAUAUUUAAUAAACUUCCCCAAAGCUGUAGCCGUUUACGGGAGGACGAAUCAGCUCCAGCCCUUCUGCUCAUCCAGGGGUUCGGCGUAGGUUUAUACAGUAACCGUUUGAAGGUGGCAGCAGAGUGACUUCAUAGACCUAAAACCAGCCGGGCCUGAUCUCCAGAACUUUCACUGUUCCUGUUAUUUUCUAAAUCUUCUCGCAGCCAUUAGUUUUGUACCAGUUAUUUUGGCAGGAACGGUUUUAAGAUGACAUCCAGCCGCCUUGGUCUGAGCUCAAACUGUGUUUACGGAGAGCUUUCACAGAAAACAGACUUCUAAACGUCUCUAUGCUGAAGUUCUGCCUUUCUUUACUUGUACACAGAAAACCAUGCUAUUAUCUGGUAUGAAUGUCUAAUCUUGUUUAAAUUCAGAACACUUUAACAAUAAAAAAUCAAAACAUUAA